CUAUAAUAAUAUUUUUACAAAUAUUUUAAUCAAAUUAAAUAUCAUCACUCACUUUCUCCUCUUCCUAUAUAAAGCCACCCCUCAAAUUAUCUUACGUGGACAUUACCUUCCUCACUUCAUCAACUGCCAUAAACGAACUUAAUCCGACCAAACCAGGUCAGUUUUCAAAAUCCGAAGAUGAACUCAACUUCGGAGAUUGGUUAAAUCGAAAUCAUCAAGAAUCUUGUCUUUAAUUUCCAAUUGGGUUUUACAAAAACCCGUAAGCUCAAGAUGAUGAAUCCGUUUCUCCCGGAAGGCGGCGAUCCACCACCACCACCACCACCACAACCACAACCAAUGGAGGGUUUACACGAAAUUGGCCCACCUCCAUUUCUGACCAAGACAUUUGAGAUGGUGGAUGAUCCAAAUACUGACCACAUCGUUUCUUGGAACAGAGGAGGCACUAGCUUUGUCGUUUGGGAUUUGCAUUCUUUCUCUACGAUUCUUCUCCCUCGACAUUUCAAACACAGCAAUUUCUCAAGUUUCAUCAGACAACUCAAUACUUAUGGUUUCAGAAAGAUAGAAGCAGAGAGAUGGGAAUUUGCAAACGAAGGGUUCUUGUUAGGACAAAGACAGUUGUUGAAGAACAUCAAGAGAAGAACAACCUUUAGUACUUCUUCAUCUCCACCAAGCCAUGACGCUUGCAACGAGCUUCGCAGGGAGAAACAAUUGCUAAUGAUGGAGCUGGUAAGUCUGAGACAGCAGCAACAAACUACGAAAAGCUACGUCAAAGCUAUGGAACAGAGGAUAGAAGGAGCAGAGAAGAAACAGAGACAGAUGAUGUCGUUUUUGGCUAGAGCAAUGCAGAGUCCUUCGUUUUUGCAUCAGUUGCUGAAACAGAGAGAUAAAAGGAUUAAGGAGCUUGAGGAUGAUGAGUCAGCAAAGAGGAAAAGAGGUUCUUCUUCCAUGUCGGAAUUGGAGGCUUUGGCUUUGGAGAUGCAAGGGUAUGGAAAACAGAGGAAUAUGUUGGAAGAAGAGGAUCAUCAUUUGGUUGUAGAAAGAGAGUUGGAUGAUGGUUUUUGGGAAGAGUUACUUAGUGAUGAGAGUUUGGCUUCUACUUCUAACUAGAUGGAUCCUUUUGGUUUUGUUUUUUAGUUUCUACUUUCAAGCUCUUUUUCUUCUUCUGUCACAAAAACCUUAUUUUGUCGUUUGUUUAAUUAAUUUCCAGUAAUUUUCUUAUCAAGUAGUAGUAGUAGUAGUAGUGUAAACUUAAAAAACGGUUGAUUCUUUCAUAUAUGUAUAUAGAUGUGAUAAAUAUGAUUGUUAUUAACUC